UAUGUUGUAUUUGCUUUAGGGAAGUUUCUAUAUUCAAAUAAGAGCAACAGACGUAAAUUCCUGAAGCUAAAGUUUAUACGUAGCAAAUACAAGGUAGGAAAGCAGACUUAGAAUAUUCAAUUGCCUUCUUUGCUGCAAACUUGCCAUGGCCGGAAUUUCCGGAAGAGAAGCCGGUGAAACAAGCAGCCGCAUCACUGGUGCCCAUACAGACAUCCUUUUAAGCGAAGUUACUACCCUGGAGGAAAAGAUUAAAACAGUAAUGGAGGCAAGAAAAAAUGUGACACCAUCCCCAACACCAAAGAUACAAAAGGUUAUAUUCUUGCUGCGAGAUAACGGGGAUUUCUUCCAGAAGCACUAUGAGCCAAGAGCAGUAUCACUCGGUCCUAUCCAUCAUCGUAAUAAGAAGUACAAGCUAGGAGAGAAGUACAAGCUUGCAUUGACAUAUGAGUUCGUUAACGGUAGCGAAGAGAAGAUAACUGAAUUUUACAAGAAAAUUGAAGAGAAUAUCAAUGAACUGAAGAAGUGCUUCGAGGAGGAAGUGAUCGAAGACUAUGAUGAUGAAGAACUCAUUUGGUUGUUGUUGGUGGACGGCUGCGCAACACUGCAAUACAUAUACUGCGCAGCUAACCACAAGUUCAAAGAUUUGAAGAUAAAAACCGACAGUGUAGCCUUUACCCAACAGGAUUUGUUUUUGCUAGAGAAUCAGCUUCCCUAUUGUUUGCUCAAAUGGUUGAUGAACUGGAGUGGGAAUGAAUUCGUGUUGAAGGAAUCGAUUGAAACUUACAUUGAUGGGCACGUUAAGGUACCACAACCGGAGGAUCAGCCACUAAUUCUCAGUUGCGCAUGGCUGAGUUCGUUUUCAUGGAAUUGGUCGCAUGAAUCAGAAAAUGGGAAAAAACAAAGAGGCCAGUCAUCAAAUUGCUGCGCAUGCUUAAGAGGAAAGGGGCAACAACAUUCAGAAACUGAGAAAGAAAAAAGCGAUCAGUGGCCAAUAUCAGUGGAUGUACAUGAAGAUCCCAUCCAUCUCCUCGAUCUUCUGAGGACACGUCUCUUGCAUAAGCAUCCGCAAAUCCAGCCAAAGAAAUCAAAUGGCGAAGUGGAAAUUUGGCAAUCCUAUCGCAAUGUGCAGGAGCUUCGAGCAGCAGGUAUUCAUGUGGAACGCAGUAAAGAGAAAAGUAGUUGUUUGAGUGACAUAUCUUUUACUACACUCGGUUUUUUGGGUUUGGGGUACCUUUGGCUUCCUCCAUUAAUUGUGGAUGACUCAACGAGGCCUAAGUUCUUGAACUUGAUAGCCUACGAAAUGUGUCUUGAUUUCGAAAAUGAUUUUGGGGUCACCUCUUACAUAUCUUUUCUCGAUUCACUGAUCGAUGAACCCAACGAUGUUAAGAUGCUAAGGAACGCACGGAUACUCCACAACUGCCUUGGCAGCGACGAAGAAGUGGCUAACCUCUUCAAUGAGAUUGGCAAUGACUUGGUGCCUAACAUUGAGAUAUACAGCGAUGUCAGAUCAAAAAUUCAGAAGCACUACAGGAACAAGUGGAUGACCUGGAUCGCUCAAUUCUUUCAUGACCAUUUCAGCAGCCCCUGGACUUUCAUAGCUUUUGUUGGCGCAUUGUUGGCACUCGUACUAGCCGUCAUUCAGACUAAGUAUGCUGUCAACCCUUCUCCUGGACCCUGCGAUAGCUUCUGCAAGAAUUUCACACGAACCUAAAUACGCAUAAGGUAACUUGGGUGGUGUUUGAAAACCAUAUCUUCAAAGUCAUAAUUUAUGUGCAGUUUAAGUGUGAGAGUGUGUGAACUAGUUUUUACCCAUCUUUAUUAGAUCAAAUACAUGGUUUCUGUGCUUUCCGUUUCAAACGCCUUCAAAAUUUUAUCAAUAUUGUUAGUACCAUACACUUUUACAUAUAUUUUGUUAAAACUAUCGCAUGUGGUACAUUGUGAGUGACAGGGAAAAAAAAAAUGAUUAAUCCAUAUAACAAUAACAAAAAGAAAAUCACAAUUUAUCAUAUAGGAUGGUUGUGACAACCUAUUCAUAAAAGUGUGGUACUAACAUUAUUGGAAUUUUAUUUCACAUGGAUCAUUCAUCUUCAAAGGCCACAUCAUUUUAUUACUUUCUUUACCUUGUUUUUGAAGUUUUCAUGCAAGUCUAAAAUAAGUCAGUGUGAUUGUGCUUUCUAAUUUGAUGUAAUGUGUGAGGAUAGGAAAAUAAUUGUGAAAGUAUGU